GACUGCAUCAUCCUAGAAACCUGUUGCACAUUAUUUAAACUAAACUCAAUAAAAAACAACACACACACAUGAAGAGCUGGAACCCCAAAGGAGCUGAUUAUUUAAGGAGCUGAUUAUUUGAGGAAGCUACUUGUGGCUCCGGUGCCCGUGAAGAAGCCCCCGAUGGAGUAGGAAACCCUGUUAGAGGGAAGCUGAGGCUACAUCCAGGAUUACAGACUUACUGCCUGCUGCUGCUCUGUGUGUGUGUGUGUGUGUGUGUGAGCCCUCAGUCCCCUGAAGAAGAGCUGGACAGGUGGCAGCUAUGUGCACCUGCCCAAGGCUGUGAGCUGCAGUGAGGGAGAGAGGCUAGUCACGUCGACGGAGCAUGUGGAGGUGACGGGACAGAGACAGGAACUGGACGAUGGUAUGUCUCAGAUGGAGCGACUCCUCGCUGCGUUGACCUCCACUUGUGGACAGGGCGUGUGCUACUGGGCACUGCUUUCUGUGCCGAGACUCUGAGAGGUGUUUGUCAUGGAGAUUCUGUGCUGUAACUCAGUGCUGAAACCCGGAGUUGUUCUCUGUGUGCUACUGUGCCAAGACUCCGUGCUGACUGGUUCUCUGCGGUGCUAGUCGGAGCUGGACGACUCUGACUGGUUCUCUGUGGUGCUACUGGGAGCUGGACGACUCUGACUGGUUCUCUGGGGUGCUGCUGUGCUGAGCCCCUGCGUUGAUGCUGGACAUCUCUGAACCUUAACAGACCCAGCAGCACCUGCAGUGACCCCUGGAGUGAGUAGUGACCCCUGGAGUGAGUAGUGACCCCUGUAGUGACCCCUGGAGUGACCCCGGGAGUGAGUAGUGACCCCGGGAGUGAGUAGUGACCCCUGGAGUGAGUAGUGACCCCGGGAGUGAGUAGUGACCCCGGGAGUGAGUAGGCCCGCCAGGUCAGACUAGACUCAAGGAUGCCCGGCAUGCAGCAGCCCGGAUGGACGCGAGGAUGACCAGCACGCCCCGCAGCCCGUCUCCAGCCAUGGCGCCGCGGUCCUCGUCCCCUCUGCUCUCCCCUGCCUCCGCCCGCCGAGGGUCCAACUCGUCGUCGGGGAAACGGGCCUCUCCGUCCGCCUCGCGGUCUCCCUCACCGUACAAGGAGGCGACUCCGGGCCUCAUGACGUCCCCCAAGCUGUGGCAGAAGGUCUACGUCUCGCGCCUGGCCGAGGAGUUCUUCUGGAUCGGAGGCAGCAUCGUCGCUACGCCCAAAUGGAAGCUCGGACAAAUCGUGGAGAGGUGUAUGUGUACAAUGCAGGACGGUUCUCUAAUGCUGAAGCUGAGGGGGAAAUCCAAGACUCUGAUGCGCAGCUUCUACCUGGACGAGCAUCGGUCCUGCAUCCGCUGGAAACCCUCUCGCAAGCGGGAAAAGGCCAAGAUCACCAUUGACUCCAUCCAUGAGGUGUGUGAGGGCCGACAGACAGAGAUCUUCCAGCGCUUUGCCCAUAACAACUACGACCCCAACUGCUGCUUCAGCAUCUACCAUGGCGACCACAUGGACUCGCUGGACCUGGUGGCGUCGAGUGCGGAGGAUGCACGCACCUGGAUCACCGGCCUCAAGUACCUGCUGGCUGGCAUCAGCGAUGAGGACAGCCUGGCCAAGCGCCAGCGCACCAGAGACCAAUGGCUGCGUCAGACAUUCACAGAGGCCGAUAAAAAUGGCGACGGGAACCUGAGCAUCGGGGAAGUGCUACAGCUCCUGCACAAGCUCAACGUCAACCUGCCCAGAGAGAAGGUCAAGGAGAUGUUCCAGGAAGCAGACACAGAUGAUAAUGAAGGUUCUCUGGCCUUCGAGGAGUUCUGUGCCUUCUAUAAAAUGAUGUCCACACGACGAGACCUCUACAUUCUCUUGCUGUCCUACAGCCACCAGAAGGAGUACAUGGACCUGAGAGACCUGCAGCGCUUCCUGGAGGCCGAGCAGAAGAUGUUCAACGUGACACGGGAACAUUGCCAAGAAAUCAUAACCCUUUUUGAACCAAACCCUCAGAACGUAGAUGACAUGGUCCUGGGCAUAGACGGCUUCACUAACUACAUGCGUAGUCCGGCGGGGGACAUCUUUAACCCGGAGCACUACCAGGUGACCCAGGACAUGACACAGCCCCUGUGCAACUACUACAUCUCCUCCUCCCACAACACGUACCUGACUGGAGAUCAGUUCCUCUCGCAGUCCCGCGUAGACAUGUACGCCUACGUCCUGCAGACCGGCUGCAGAUGCGUCGAGGUGGACUGUUGGGACGGUCCUGACGGGGAGCCUAUCGUCCAUCACGGAUACACACUCACCUCCAAGAUCCUCUUCAAGGACAUCGUGGAGACUAUUAAUAAAUAUGCCUUCCUAAAAAGCCAGUACCCAGUGAUCCUGUCCAUCGAGAACCACUGCACCGUGCCGCAGCAGAAGAAGAUGGCCCAAUACCUCAUCGAGGUGCUGCAGGACAAACUGGACCUGUCCAACAUCAACGCCAACGAGACCACCAAGCGCCAGCCAUGCCCAGAGCUGCUCAAGGGCAAGGUCCUGGUCAAGGGUAAGAAGCUUCCGGCGAACCUGGACCCGAGCGCUGAAGAGGGAGACGUAUCGGACGAGUCUAGUGGUGAGGAAGAGGAGGAGGAAGAGGAGGAGCCUCAGAUGAACGGACAGAGUGUGAAUGGCUCAGCUGCUCCUCAGGAGUCGAAGGCCAGCAGGUUCCUCAGAAGGUCAUUUAUGGGCAGCUUCCGACGCAAGAAAAAGAGGCGGAGCAAGAAGAAAAACAUCCUGGAGGAUGCAGACGCGGACCCUGAGCAGAACAAACCCACCUCACGCAAGCAGGAUGUGAACUACGGCAGGAAGAGGAAGACCAUGAGGCUCUCCCGCGCUCUCUCUGACCUGGUCAAGUACACCAAAUCAGUGCGGGUCCAUGACAUAGAAACACAAGCCUACAUGAGCAGCUGGCAGGUGUCCUCCCUGAACGAGAGCAUAACCAAUCAGAUUGUGGCGCUGAAGCCGGGUCAGCUGGUGCGGUUCAACCAGCGGCAGCUGCUCAGGGUGUACCCCUCCAACUUCAGAGUGGACUCCAGCAACUUCAACCCCCAGCCGUACUGGAACUGCGGCUGCCACAUGGUCGCUUUGAAUUACCAGACUGAUGGUCGUAGUCUGGAGCUCAACAGGGCCAAGUUUGCUGCCAACGGCAACUGUGGAUUCGUCCUGAAACCCAAGUGCAUGUGUAAAGGUGCCUUUGACCCCUCGCUGGACGAUCCGUUGCCAGGACGCAAGAAGAAGCAGCUGAUGCUGAAGAUCAUCAGUGGGCAGCAGCUUCCCAAACCCAAGGACUCCAUGCUGGGGGACAGGGGAGAGAUUAUAGAUCCGUUUGUUGAGGUGGAGAUCAUCGGCCUUCCAGUGGACUGCCAAAAGACUCAGACGCGAGUGGUGGACGAUAAUGGUUUCAACCCCAUGUGGGAGGAGACUCUGCUGUUCAGCGUCCACCUGCCUCAGAUCGCCCUGGUACGCUUCACCGUCUGGGAUCACGACCCCAUUGGCCGAGACUUCAUCGGCCAGAGGACCAUAGCCUUUAACAGCAUGCUGCCAGGUUAUCGGCAUGUGUAUCUGGAAGGCGUGGAGGAGGCCUCCAUCUUUGUUCAUAUUGCAAUCUCUGACAUUAGUGGCAAGAGCAAGAGCAACGCCGUGAAGAAAUUUCUGCACAAGGCUUCUCAUGCCCCAGGCAACAUGGGCAAGGGGAAGAAGGUGUUGUCGGAGACGUCCCUCUCCAAGCCCUUCUCGGACGAUGACGUGAGCUCCCAGGGCAGCCGAGGGCCGACCCUCUCCCGGGGACCGCAGAGCGAGCCCCCACGCCGUGCGCAGAGGGUCUACUUCCAGGAGCCGCUCGAGAGGCACAGGGGUCCCCGGAGCCGCAUGUCGUCCGAGGCGAGCUCUAUCGAUAUCACCUACGGCUACAUCAACUGGGGCAGCGAGGACACGUCCGAACCAGAGGUCCAGACGCCGCCCUUCAGGAUCCGUCGCCAGUCCCUCAGCAAGCAGGAGAGCACGUCCUCAGAGCGCUCGGAUGGUUCUCCGCAGGUCAUAGUGGAGGGUGCUGUUCUAGAAAAGGAACCUCCGCCAAAACCUAGUCGGGAUCCUGCAUUCUUACAGUCAUCAGAACUACAGAUGGACACCAAGCUUGAGAUACCGGUGCCCAUUCUACCAACACCACAGAACAAGUGGAACCUAAUGGUUCCUCAUCCACUAGAAGUUCCCCCACGGUUCCGACGGCAGUUGGCAGUAUUGGAACCAAUAGACCAGGAACCAGAACCCAAUGCAGAAAACAUAAUUUCAGAACCUUCCCAUCUUCUGAAGCCAUCAGAACCUGAUGUAGAGACCAGAGAUUUGUUUGACCAGCCACCAGAACCCAGGAUUGAGAACAGAUCUUUACAACAAAUAGAUGAAAACAGAGGACUCAAACCAGACACUAGAGUAUUAGAACCAACAGGCCAACCUGUAGAAACUAGAACACUGCAACCAAUAGAUGAGCUAUCAGAAACAGGAGCUAGGUCUUUAGAACCAACAGGCCAACCUCUGGAUAACAGACAUUUGCAACCAAAAGAUGAGCUAUCAGAACACAAACCAGAAACUGCUUUAGAACCUCCCGAGAUGCUAGCUGUAGAACCUAUAGACCAACUCCCAGAAAGCAGAACUUUAGAACCGGUAAAGCCACCGUUAGAACCCAAACCUGUUAGCCUACCACUAGCACCAAAACCUUUAGAAUCUGUAAACCAAGUACUAGAACCUAAGGCUGUAGAACAACUAAACCAACCGCCAGAACCCAAUCUGGUGGCCCGGGCAUUAGAACAGAUUGAUCAGGAAGCCCCACUCCUUGCUGAGACAGCUGUGAAGCCUGUAGACCAGCGACCAGAACCCAGUCAGGCCCGGGUGCUGGACCCUCUGGAUCUGCCCUGGCAGAACCAGCCAAGCCGGGAAGAGGAGGCUGCACUUCCCCCGCCUCUACAACCCCAACCUGCAGUGGUUCCUCAGGUUCCCCUGGUUCCUGCAGUGGCUCCUUGGGUUCCCCUGGAUCCUGCAGUGAGUCCACAGGUUCCUGCAAUGGCUCCUUGGAUUCCCCAGGUUCCUGCCCUGGUUCCCCAGGUUCCCCUGGCUCCUGCAGUGAGUCCACAGGUUCCUGUAGUGGUUCCCCUGACUCCUGCAGUGGUUCCUCAGGUUCCCCAGGUUCCUACCCUGGUUCCCAUGGUUCCUGCAGUGGUUCCCCAGGUUCCCAUGGUUCCUGCAGUGGUUCCUCAGGUUCCUGCAGUGGUUCCCCAGGUUCCUGUCGCCCCUGUGAGGCAGGUGACAUACAGUGACCAGAGCACACAGACGGACCCCAUCGACAUUCCCGCCAUGAUGCUCUACAACUCCCCCGAGCUCAUGAGCAGGAACCGCAUGCACCUGCCCCCCCAUCCCACCCAGCCCGGUGCCCGUCAGGAGGGCAGUGGCCCGCAAACCGCCCCCCACCCCCCCCACUCCCCCCACCCCCUCCUUCACGGAGAGGCGGUCCAAAAGUGUCCCACGUGGCAGCACUCCCUCCCGGAGCAGCGCAUUGGCUACUGCUCCCCGCGCCCGCCUGGCACCGGUCUCAACAGCGCCGCCCUGCUGGGCGACAAUGACUCCAGCAGCGGGGGCAGCCUGGACAGCGUGGACCUGAGCAGCCUGCCCUCCAAGGUGCCCGUGGGGCAGCCGCCACAGGUGGGCACGCUGCAGAGGGAGAUGGACGCCCUGUUCCAGCAGAAGAUCAGGGAGCUACGCUGCACCUCCCCACUGCUGUUCCGCGAUGACUCUGAUGACGAUGAGAAGUAGCUGGACAUAUGGAAGCAUUGGAACACCACCAGUAGCUGGACAUAUGGAAGCAUUGGAACACCACCAGUGUGAUAUGGGUCCAGCAGCAGUUUGAGCCAAAGACCAAAAUCCAUCAGUAUUCUUUUACCCCUCCUCAGGGUAAAUACCCCGACCACCUCUCAUGCCCCUACCCAGGGCAAGAGCCCCCUGGCUACGACCCUCAGCCUUACCUCCCCAUCACACACUCACCCCCCUGUGACAGGAGGUGUACACUGGACCUAGGAGCGCUCCUCAACACUGGACCUAUGAGCGCUCCUUAACACUGGACCUAUGAGCGCUCCUCAACACUGGACCUAUGAGCGCUCCUCAACACUGGACCUAUGAGCGCUCCUUAACACUGGACCUAUGACAGGAGGAGCGCUCCUUAACACGGGACCUAAACCUGAAUCUGUACUUUUUAUGAAUAUUUUGUAUAUUUCUGUAUAUGUUUGAAAGUUGUCAAAUUAUAAAUCCUCCCCCAGAGAUGGUGUGAGUUUCUAUUGUUGAGAGCAGGACGUCUAAAACGCCAUUUUCACAGUCAAUGGCGAAUGUCUGUUCCAUCAUGAUUCAUGUGAACCGUGCUGACGUCAUGACAUCAUGUGAAUCAUAUGUGUUGGUGUCAAGACCUGUGUGAGUCGUAUGUGAUGACCUCAUGACCUGUGUGUUUCGUAUGCGAUGACCUCAUGACCUGUGUGAGUCAUAUGUGAUGACCUCAUGACCUGUGUGAGUCAUAUGUGAUGACCUCAUGACCUGUGUGAGUGGUAUGUGAUGACCUAAUGACCUGUGUGAGUGGUAUGUGAUGACCUCAUGACCUGUGUGAGUGGUAUGUGAUGACCUAAUGACCUGUGUGAGUCAUAUGUGAUGACCUAAUGACCUGUGUGAGUGGUAUGUGAUGACCUAAUGACCUGUGUGAGUGGUAUGUGAUGACCUAAUGACCUGUGUAAGUGGUAUGCUGUAGGUUGCCCUGCUGAGUGUUUAGAGAAUGGAAGUGACCAUAGAGUAGUCAAACCAGCACACGGUUGUUAGUAAUAGACUAUUUUUAUUGAUCAACUGUUACACGUGCCAGAGCCACUCUCUUUUCAGCAGAAUCUGAUUGGCUAAGAGAAGAUCUGUCAGCAGUGUGAUUGGCUAAGAGGAGAUCUGUCAGCAGUGUGAUUGGCUAGGGGGAGAUCUGUCAGCAGUGUGAUUGGCUAAGGGGAGAUUCCUCUACACAGAGCCCAUGCGUGAGCAGCAGAUUCAGUGUGUGUGAGAGCAGAAAGCCAACUGUACAGAACAACAAAUAAAGAUUUAAACACUUACACA